AUGUUUAUAAAUGAGGCCCCUGACCAGUCUAUGGACAAGACCCAGCAUGGAUCCAGAGAUCUUCUGCAAGGACUCGCACCCGAGGUCCGUGUGCCCCAGGCGCACCGGCCAUCCCAAGAUCCCUGCCCUGCUUCAGAAACCCCCUGGCGGGAAAACCUUCUGAACAUCCACCCCUCCACUCCCAUUAACAUUACACAUUUAGCAGCCGUCCUUUCUACUCACCCAGAUCCCGUGUUUGUAGACUAUCUACUCUCAGGGCUUUCCCAAGGCUUCAGGGUAGGCGUCCUCUCUUCCUCCACCGUGACUUUCGUUGCAAAAAACGUACAGUCUGCCAUUAAAGAACCCGCAGUUGUUUCUCAGCUUAUAGAGAAAGAACUCAGCAAAGGGUACAUCAUCGGCCCUUUUCACUCAUCCCCAUUCUCAGUGUUUCGCACUAGCCCAAUAGGAGUAGCCACUCGCAAGUACUCAGAGAAGAAAAGGCUAAUUUAUGAUCUGUCUGCACCCCGCUCCGGCCCUUUUGCCAGUGUCAAUAGCCUCAUCCCCUCAGAACCAUUCUCCCUUCACUACGCCUCGGUUGACAAUGCAAUUAAGCUCAUUAAAUUCGCAGGCCAAGGAGCAUGGCUCUCCAAAGCAGACAUCACUGAUGCUUUCAAAAUCAUUCCCAUUCAUCCGUCCCAGUGGAACAUGUUCGGCAUCAGGUGGGAGUCCAAGCUCUACUUCGCCGUCCGCCUCACUUUCGGGUGCAGGAGCAGCCCAUGCAUCUUCAAUUCCUUCUCCGAGGCACUCUGCUGGAUCCUGCUGAACGUUGUCAGAAUCCCAUCCGUCCUUCAGCUGCUGGAUGAUUUCCUUCUCAUAGACCCCCCACGGGAUAACUCAGGCGCUUCAUUGUUUAAAUUGAAAAACUGUUUCCAGGAGCUAGGCGUCCCCCUAUCCCAGGAGAAAACCAUAGGCCCCGACACAAGUCUGGAGUUUCUGGGCAUCACACUCAACUCCAUAGAGAUGAAAGCGUCUCUCCCAAAUAACAAACUGCAGCGCAUACGCGACAUCACCAAGUCCUAUUGCGCCCAACACAUCAUUACUAAACAGCAGCUGCUCUCCCUCCUCGGGCACCUCAAUUUCGCUAUGCGAGUCACACGCUCAUUCAUCUCCCGCCUCCUGGACGCAGCAUCAGCCGUUAAAAACCUCCAUGAUCAUGUCCCUCUAGACGAAGUAUGCCGCUCAGACCUGCGCUUCUGGUCCCUUCUGCUCGACCAAUGGAACGGCGUCACCUUCUUCUACAAUGACAUAGUACACUCCUCAGACUCAAUGAGGCUUUUCACGGAUGCCGCCCCAUCCGCUGGUUUUGGGGGUUUCUUUCAGGGAGAGUGGUUCGCAGGUCCCUGGCCCCUCUCCUUCCCUAAUCAUGCCACAUCCUCCGCCCUGCAUGAGAUCUACUGA